AUGAAGCCGAGCAGCAAGAGCCGGAGCGGAUCGACCUCGCAGCAGAGAACCGCAACAGGCAACGGGCUGAGGCGCUCCUCUCGCCGUGGGAGAGAAUUGGCCAAGAAGGACGCUCCUGAGGACAUGGCCGCAGUAGAGGGGCCGUACAUCUGCUGCGAGUGUGGGGAGAGCUUUCUGGACAAGCAGCUCUUCGCCACCCAUCAGAAGGCGCACGCCAGCGAGGAAGCCUGCACUUCCCUGGAGCACGGAGAAAGCUUCAGGCAGAAAUCCAAAACAACCCCUACGAAAGGCCAAGGGUCCUCUCGCUCCAAACCGUCCAAGCGCCCCGAUGGGGAGAAGAGCUCCGGUUUCAAGUACGGCUUUGUCAGGCAGGUGAACAACAUGGUGGAGAGACCGUACACCUGCUCCCAGUGCAAGGAGAGCUUCAGCCUGGAGGUGAGCCUUAUCUUGCACCAGAAGCUCCAUACGGGGAAGGGCGACGGGCCGCUGACGUGCACCUACUGCGGGAAGGACUUCCGAGACCUCUCCAAAGCCAUCCGCCAUCAGCGCAUCCACACCGGGGAGAGGCCGUACCAGUGCACCGAGUGCGGGAAGAGCUUCAUCCGCCGGGACCACCUGCUCAAGCACUGGCGGGUCCACACCGGGGAGACCCCCUACCAGUGUCCCGUCUGCGGGAAGCAUUUCCGCUACAAAGAGUCUCUGAAUUGCCACCAGAAAAUCCACUCUGAGGAGAAGCCCUUCAGCUGCACCGACUGUGGAAAGCGCUUCGCUCAGAAGCAUUACAUGCUGAUCCACCGGGGCGUGCACACUGGCGAGAAGCCCUUUGCCUGUGGCCACUGCGGCCAGAAGUUCAGGCAGAAGUACCACAUGAUCCGUCACCAGCUCACCCACACCGGGGAGCACCCCUUCGCCUGUGCCUUCUGCCCCAAGACCUUCAGGGACAAGACGUGCCUUGCUGGCCACCAGCGGAUCCACACUGGGGAGCGCCCGUAUGCCUGCGACCGCUGUCCCAAGGCCUUCAGGAACAAGCAGACCCUCACCGGCCACCAACGGCUCCACUCUGAUGAGCGCCCCUUCGCCUGCGACCGCUGCCCCAAGACCUUCAGGGACAGGACGGCCCUCACCAUGCACCAGUGGGACCACACCGGGGAGCGCCCCUUCCCCUGCCCCCACUGCCCCAAAGCCUUCAAAGACAAGAAGACCCUCAAUGACCACCAGCGGGUCCACACUGGGGAGCGCCCAUUUGCCUGCACCCUCUGCCCCAAAGCCUUCAAAGACAAGAAGACCCUCAAUGACCACCAGCGGGUCCACACUGGGGAGCGCCCCUUUGUCUGCGCCCACUGCUCCAGGGCCUUCAGCAACAGAAAGGCCCUCAGUGACCACCGGCAGACCCACAGCGGGGAGCGCCCGUUUGUCUGCGCCCACUGCCCCAAGGCUUUCAGCAGCAAGAAGGCCCUCACCGACCACCAACGGGUCCACUCAGUGGAGCGCCCCUUCGCCUGCACCCGCUGCACCAAGACCUUCAGGAGCAAGAUGGCGCUUAAUGAGCACCAGCGGGUCCACACCGGGGAGCGCCCCUUCACCUGCGCCCACUGCCCCAAGACCUUCAAGCACAAGAAGGCCCUCACCAUCCACCAGCGCGUCCACACCGGGGAGCGCCCCUUUCCCUGCACCCACUGCCCCAGGGCCUUCAGGGACAAGCAGACCCUCACCAUCCACCAGCGGGUCCACACCGGGGAGAGGCCCUACAAGUGCGGUGUGUGUGGCAAGACCUACAGCCGCAAGGAAGGCCUGAAUUGCCACAAGCGGUUGCACCAGG